CCUCUCUACACUUGCCUUGGUCUGGACUGCUUCCCGCCAACUCCGAACUGUGAUGUAGUGCCACUCGCGAGCGGCGAGCUUCAAGAAGUGUUGGAAAGUAGCUUACUGACCAGAAUUACGCAUACGGCAUACCUCCGGUUACGAAGUGAAAAUCUUUUAUUACUAGGGGACUGCUUUGUGGACGUCGUUACACCGGUGGCCAGCGUCACCACUCCUCCCAGCAGGGACUGACCGCCCAGUGAACAAAUUCCAGAAAUUCGAAGUUACAGAUUCCGAUUAUCGGGACUCAUUGUGUGGACCUCAGGGCAGGAUAAUAUGAGCGGAUUACUGUCCCCACUGUCUCGGAAGCUGGGUGUGGCGGCCCCAGCCACCCUAAGAAAGGCAGAGGAAUUUUUGCGUCUCCUGGAGGUGCAGGGAGGAAGUCAGCUCUCCCUCAGCACCACUGCAAGGACUAUCAUCUGCCUCGAUGUGGCUGCUUCCUUCACCAACACCAAAGUGGACAAGAAAUUGGCUGUGAAGUUGUCUGGACUGACACGACCCCAGUACAUGGCUUUAAGUCAGACUGUGAUCCGCCUGUUGAACCUUUCUCCAAAGGUCACUGUGACUGAUCUCUGUAAAACACACUCCAUUACUUCUGCCAGCCACUUAGCUCAGCAGGUCCUUGCACUAUAUGAGAAUGAAAACACCAGCAAGGAAGUGGACCUCACCAUGCCUAUUUACCCCACUGCUGCAGUUCAAGCAGCUUGCAGUGUGCUGAAAGUGAAAGUGACCAAGCAACAACUGUAUGAAUGUAGCAGCAGCAAGAAGACAUUGUAUCUCAGACUAGUGGAGACCAUGACAACCUUGGCUCAAAGGCUUCACUCACAACAGGGAAGUAAAAGUGGGGGUAGCAAACACAGGACGCUGAUGGAGCUCGUUGAGGAGAACCUGAAGCAAUGUUCCCCUGAAAAAUGGAAGACUGACCAAGAGGAUUAUGAAAAUACUACAGAUGAUUAUGAAGGGUGGAAGAGCAAAAUACUUAAAGCUGCAGCCACCAAGGAAUAGUCCAUGGCACCCUAUGAUCAACAUAGUCAUUGCAACAAUAAGUGCUUCUGGUCGAACAGAAGAUAAAG